AUGUCGCAGUCCGGUUCUGGGGGGGUGAACGAUAGCCAGGAGCAGAACCAGGUCGGGCAAACGAUGGAGAAUCAACAGACAGCGUGUCAGAACGGCCGGGCCGAGCCGCCUGCUGAUAACGCCAAACAAGAUUUGUCCAACGGCUUUGAAAAUCGAACCAUAGAAUAUGACAGAUUCUCCCAAGAUAGGGCUCAACAGAAUCAGCCGACUGGCCAGAGCCAAGAGCAACAGCAAACUCAGCAGGCGGGUCAAUAUCCACCUGGAAGGAAGCAAACUGUGGUCGGUGUUCCGGAGGAUAGACAUCCUGCGACCGGGCAGCUUCCACCCCAACAGUAUGCGCAGGAAAAGUCAGCUAUCGAGAGAACGCAACACGUUUCUCAGACCAGCACUCAGACUCUACCGGUCCAGGCUCAACCUCAGUUCGUGCCUGACUACGAUCAAACCCAGUACACGCAGAUACGGAGUCAGUUCGAGGUGAGACCGCAAAUGUACCCUCAGCAAGCUCAAUACGCGGAGCGAGCCGGUUACGUGACCAGGGACGUCACCUACAGAGAUCCCGCGUUGUACCAGGGUGGCGCGGCGAAUCCUAUGUUCACUGGCCAAGGUCAGUACGUAACCGUUCAACACGGAUCGCAGAUACCGCCUCAAUCCGCUAGCCCUCAGCCACCCUACUUCUCAGGGGUUGUCGUGCCUCAACCACCGGGUUACGCUCAAUUCGGCACGCAACCCCAAUAUCCCUACACUCAGUACCCCCAAACGGUUAUGAACGCGGUACCGUUUAAUCCGCACGCUGGCAUCUAUCCUCCUCAACAGUUUGGUCAGCAGUCACCCAAUCCGCAAAGGUUUUCGCAGGAAUUGGGUCAGUACCAGGCUCAGCCGAUCAUCCAACCGAUAGCUCAGAACGUGAGCCACGGACUCGCGAUCGCAACCACGGAACGACCUAGUCGUGGACCGAAACCGAUGGUCCCGCCCCGAGUUAAUUCGAAAAUCACUCACGACACUGGUCACAGAAAGUCAGCGAGCGUGGACGUACCGGGCAUGCCAAAGGCUAAAUACGAUCCCAAUCAAAAUCCCCCGCAGGAGCAGAUCCAUCGCGGCGACGGGGCAAUAAUCGUGCAAGGCACGCAGAUAGUGGCUGACGCUCAGGACAGGAGAUACCUGACGGCUAUUAAUCAAAAUCCCAGAACAAGACAGGACGGACUGUACGUCGAUACGAACGGCGAUCCACCUGGACGGGAAAAAAUGUGCGAGACCGUUGCGGCUGACUGCGGUCUCUAUGUGACUAGGCCCGAGCACAGAAAAUCUAUUUCCGUGGACGUUACGUCGAGUUUCCAACGGCGAAACGAUACGAUUACCUUCACGUUUCCAGGCGACGCGAGUCAGGAAAUAUUGAUACCGGCGAGAAAGACUGGAACCAUGGUGGAUCCGAAACGAGUCGAAGCCAAUCAAGUGUAUCCGCCUGAUCAAAGGCGAUUGGAUACGAGCUUAAGAGUAUCACCGAUGGCUUUUGAUACGAGACAGGAAAAUAGGAAGAGCAUAGGAGCUGAUAGAAAGCCAGAAUGGGGUAACGUGAGCCCUAAUCAAAGAGUAGCGAUACCGCAAGAAAACAGACGAUCCGAUUACUUCGACGAGCACAGGAGGUCACCGAUGACUAUAGAAGGCAAGAGAAUGGAAGACGUUAGAAGGUCUCCUAUGCCGUUCAUGCCGAUUCGCGAGGGAUCAUCGGAUCGUGCCGCGCAGAAGAGUCCGUCGUUUGUAAAUCAGAAUUUCGAGAAGACCAGGCAAGAGUUGACCAUAUGGGCUGAGCAACGACAGCGACAGGAACACGAAAGGAGCAUGAUACAGAGUCAGAUACUCUCCACCAGUCCGCGUUCGCGAAAUCAGUCGGAAGAGAGGAGAGAUCCUAGGCAGAUCCAUCAAGCGGACGAUCGCAAGGAAUCGAGGAUGACGCAGUCGGCCUUCCAGCCUAUCCCUAACAUCAGUCAGAGGACGAUAAUGGAACAACGUCGUCAUCUGCGACACGUGAGUGCCGAUCUCACGAAACACAUGGAGCUCUCUAGGAAGGAGUUCGACGAACAGCCUAUCAGUGGGUCCGUGGCGAACCUUGGGCCACCUGCGAGCACUGCUCCCUCGCAGAGAGCCAGCCCUAACAUUUGUCAUCAGUAUCCAGCCCUGAGCGAGGCCAAGUUGGACACCAAGACUAUCCUGACCGUGGUGACAGACUUUAGCGAAACGAAUUUAAAUAAGCCGAUCGAUCAAGUGGAUCACAUAAUUCACAGUCACCGCAAGAGCCACAUCUCCAGCAACCUGCUGACUCACAGCAAGAGCCAGACGGAUAAUCUGCAAAGUCAACUGGAUGCGCAAAACGAAAAACCCGACGGACUCGCGGCUCAGCAGCAACAGCUGCAGAAUCAACAGAGUCUCGAUUUAAUUUCGGAGAAGCUCAGCCAGUUCGAACGUCAACAGAGCGACCUACAGGCAAAGUUGCAGUGUCUUCAGAGUCAGAAUCAGAUCCUCGACAAGGUGGCGCAGUUUCAACACCAGCAGAGCGAUCUGCAAGUGCGGAUGCAAAGUUUGCAGGCGCAGAACCAGUUGGGCGACAAAUUGCAAAGGUCCAGCGACUUCCAGCAGCACUCGAUCGGGAACGAGAUUCUCCAGAUUCAGUCGAACUCUCUGCCGAACCACCAGGAACCGUCAGCCGAUAAGACUUGCUCGUCCCAGAGCCAGAACACCACGCACGGUCAUCAUCAAACGUUAUUGACCGCUUCCUAUUCACAGAACUCCAAUCAUCAAUCCUGCCAAUCUUCUGUCUGCGAGAAGCUAUCGCCCAGGCUUCAGCACGAUACCAGCGACCCGAAUUCUAUUCAGAUACCGAACAUGUCGCAGAUGCCAUUGCCGUGUCUGUCACAAUUCGAGCGAGCCGACACGUCGCGUACUUCGUUCUCGCAGUUUCAUCGACUUCAGUGUCAGAUCGACGGCCACGAGGGCGCUUCAGUCCCGUCUAGCGCUGCUUCCGCAGCCUCGUUCACUGGCACGUUGAAGAAGGUACCACCGGAGAAACCACCGAGAACAUCUCUGAUCGUUCAGUCACCGGAGUCGGAGAGCAACAGGAGCCAGCCAGCCAUCGGACUGAAGCAGACACCGAAGGCGCGGCCAACCAUUUUCGGCACUGUGGCCUCGGACCUGAACCCAAAGGAUGGCAACAGUCGAAGG